CUAAACGCACUGUGGCAAAGACAGACCGGAGGAAACAGGACGCAGCAGCUGCAGCUGCGCUGAAGCUUUUUCUCUUUAUCUGUCUUUCCUCCGGCUCCUCCUCACUGAAACCCUCUGCUUUCCUCCUGCUACCUCAGUGCGUGUUGUCCAGCAGCAGAGUGGGAGUGGGAGUGGGAGCAUGGCUGCCAUCAAGGCUCUGGAGCUGUGGUGUAAAACGCAGUGUGAUGGAUACCGAGAUGUGGCCAUCACCAACAUGACCACGUCAUUCAGGAGCGGACUGGCUUUCUGUGCACUCAUACACAAGUACAGGCCGGAUUUAAUAGACUAUGACUCACUCAGAAAGGAGGAUGUGUUUGAGAACAACAGAUUGGCGUUUUGGGUCGCAGAGGACAAGUUGGGGAUCCCAGCUUUGUUGGACGCUGAAGACAUGGUGGCUUUGAGGGUCCCGGACAGACUCAGCAUUCUGACCUAUGUGUCCCAGUACUACAACUACUUUAGAGGACGGACACCAAUGGGAGGUGUGAAAAGGCCAGCAGAGGGCUCCAAAGAGGAGCCAUCAGAGAAAAAAAAUCUACCAGUGGCUGCCAAAACUUUUGCACCUAAAACCACCCCUGACAAAUGUGAACCAUCCACUCUCACGGCUCCGGCCUCACCCAAAGUGACCAGAGCUGCAGCUCAGAAAGCAGUUUUGGCAGAAAACACAAACAAAAGUGGAACUCUCAACAGCAAGUGUGCCGCAUGCAGGAGCCACGUUCAUCUGGUUCAGAGGCACUUUGUGGACGGCAAGCUCUAUCACAGAAGCUGCUUCAAAUGCAGCGAGUGCUCCGGCGUGCUUCACGCAGGAGGCUACAGAGCGGGCAAGAAUCCGGACACUUUCAUCUGUAACACCCACCACAACAGUUGCAAACCUUCCUCCUCCGACGCGGGGACCAAAAACACACCCACCGGUUCAGCUGCGCGACCAAACGGUGCCACUCGGAACCAGCCUGCGUCACGCCCCUCGUCCGUGCUGUCGGCGCCGCUGAAUGUUGUCCAGAAUCCAGUUAGUCCACCUGCUCCACCUUCUCCGUCCUGGACGGCCUCGGCACAGAAGACGCAGGUGGCCCGGCAGAGGUUUUUCCAGGCUGCGCCUUCAGUCUCCGAGUCCUCAGCGGACAACAGGAAGUCUGCAGAGUUCACUGAUAUUCUGGCGUGGUCAAAGGUCCAACUGAGUUCUAAUGAGGAGAGGAGCAGAUCCAGGACUGCAGCUGGGAAGACACUAGCAGAAGCAAACUGCAACAAUAACAACAAACGGCCAUUCACUGUUCGCUCAGCAGAGAGACGGUUUGAGCCAAGUCCAGAUAAAUGCAGCGGAGGCCCAACAGGAAACUGGGCCGGACGGCCCACGGCCCGCCAGACAAACAAUAAGGAAUCGCCAGGUCUUGAGGUCAUGGGCAGAGACGACACGAGGCCAAUGACUGUACACACAAGCGCUCCAGUCUGCCGUGAGGAGCAAUCAAAGAUCAAACCGCUGAGAACGGAGCUCCGUCUAAAAGAUGCUGAAGCCGAAGCCUCCACGGAGCAGCGUGAAGCUGGAGUCAUGCUCUCGCCUUCCGCUAAUGUCUCCAGGAUGGCAGCAAGGUCUCCCUCACCUCCAGCACCUUCACAACCUCCAGUUAGCGUUGCUGAACAAAAGCCUCAGCCCACCUCUGUAAACCUGGGCUCUAAACACGCGAAUCACUCGCCUGUGAAACCCCCGUCCAGACGUCCAGCUGUGGAAUCCGUCGGCUUCUCAACGCCGACAUCAGCCGAUCGUGGACGUGCGUCAGGUGCUAAAAAGGGAAAGUAUUUGUCACCCGCCGACGCCUGCAGGAGUGAAACGAGGUCACCCUCUGUGAGGACUUACCACGUCCCGGUGGAGCAGAUCGAGAGGGAGCUGAAUGACAUCGAGACAAACUUGGCUCAGUUGGAGAAGGAGGGCGUGGAGCUGGAGAAGAAGCUUGGCUGCGAGGAAGAGGGAGAGGGCGACAUACUGAUGGACCCGCUGAUGGUUGACUGGUUCAAGCUGAUUCGAAAGAAGCAGAUGAUCAUUAGAAAAGAGUCAGAACUUGUAUACAUAGCCAGGACUCAGGAGCUGGAGCAGCAGCAGCCAGGUGUGGAGGGCGAACUUCGCCGGCUGCUGGAAAAGCCAGAUCACUUAAAGUCCAGAGACGAGCGACGGCAGGAGACGCUGCUGAUGCAGAGGCUGGUGGAGAUCGUCAACGGCAGGAACGCCAUCGUGGAGGGUCUGGAUGAGGACCGGCUCAGGGAGGUGGAGGAGGAUCAGCAGUUGAACGAAAUGAUGAAGAAUCUUGGUGUAAAGAAAGCAAAAAGUAAGAGGAAAUCCUCCAUCUCAAAACUCUUCAGGCGAAGAAGUAAGAGACGAGUGGAAUGACCCGCAAGGUUUUUAUAUUUGUAUUUUAUUCACGAAACUUGUUUUAUAAUAGCUAAAUUAAUAGUCUUAAAUACAUUUUAAGGUGUUUUCUAUAUCAAUUGCAUGUGUACAAAUUGGAGGUGAGGGUAAAAUAUGUUGUUAUGAUGAGAAAUGAUGUGGUUUUUUUUUGUGGAUUUUCACGUUUAGUGAUAAAAUUAUAUUUGCUUCACCUUCAGUUCAUGGUGUGGUUGUAAUUUAGUGUUAUGGUUUGUUUUGCUUACGUCACACAGAGUGAGUCGGUUUAUUUUUUACGGGCAAAAAAAAAAGAAACACACAUUUAAUAAUUGCCGUGAAUUAUUCACUUGUAUGGAUCACAAGAAAUGUCACAAUUUUGAUAUAUGUAUAUAUAUAUAUAUAUAUGUAUAUGUGUUUAUGUUCUGUAUUUAUUGAGUUAUUGGAACGAGGGAUCUAAUUUAUGAGGCGAGCAAAUUAAAAUGCGCUUGGUCAGAAAGGAAAAAAACGGAAAGAAAAUGGAUGUUGAGAGUCAAAAUUAACUCUCACAAAGUGUAAAUUACACAGGGAGCACUGGCUGCUCCGAGUGCAAAUAGGAAGGCGGGAGAAAUAAAGAGUGUAAUCCUUCAGCCGUCUCUGAAAAAUGAAAUUAUUUCACUAUUUAUUUAAUAACGGAUUUUAACAAAUUUCCUGUAAAGGAUAUUAGCAGCAGGAAAGAGCCUCGACAAUUAAGUUUGAAUGACUGUGUAGUGUUGGAGCCACACAUGUUGAGCUGCCUUGUUGCUGCUGCUGCUGCUCCUCCUCUCUCGUGCUGUACUGUAGGUGGCAGCCUGGGUAUGCUGAAUCGCAGGGCGACAACUCGGGGAAUCCAAUUUGCCACAGUGCAGGGCGACAGUUAAUUUCUUUUUGCUAAUUUUAUAAAUGCUGCAAAAGUGUUUUGGGGGGGGGCUGCGCUGAUGCAGUAAUGUUAUGUGGAGGAAGGAGAGGAUUAGGUGGAGCCAGUUAUAGCUUAUGGCCGCGGCGAAGGCUUAUAAAACUAUAGGUUGUACCGAGCGCUUUAUCUUCAAACCUGGUUUAAUUAAACAUUACUCUUUACACUAAUAUCUGCAUCACAAUUGCUCGGCACCUGAGCUAUUACUGAGUUGAAAGGGACGUGUGGUGGUUAUUUCUCUAUUUAUUUUUUUAAAGGAAACGGAAUGUAAUGUUGCAUUUUUGGAAGUGUUAUUUAAAGGACGUGUACUCCUAUUUUCUUCUUCUUUUUUAACUUGUUGUCCAAUAAAUCCUUUGAAGAUUA